GUUUGCGGUAGGUUGGAUGUUCAAAAAGAGAUAUUUAGGCAACUUUUAUUUUAAAUGCAAGCGUGAUGCGUUCAGAUGCAAAAUCAAAAGCAGAUGUCUUUUGAAAGAUGAUUAAUCCUCCAAAAAUGACAAUGAAACAGCGAGUGUGGUAAAAGCCGCAUUGAUUGCAUUACAAUGUGUGCAGCAGUCAGCGCUUCAUCUGAGCCUCAGUCUGGCGCACACGGACUCUCAGCGCAUCUGUCGAGCCUCCGAUGGCAAGCCAAAUAACCCACGGCAAAUAAAUGGUGAGGUCUGAUACGUCUUUGCUGAGGGCAGUUAUUUGGACGGCGACGUCGCAAAGAUGGUGCGCGCAGUGUGUGGCAGUCUGCGGAAAGAAGGAAACCUCGCAGGGCUGCUUCUGCUCGCGCUCGCGGGGUUCGGGCUCUGGAUGCAUGAAGUCACGGCUCUGCCUGCCUGGAGAUUUGAGGAAGAAGCUCUCAUGUCUGGUGUUUUAAUCAUUGGAAUUCAUAAAGACGCCCGCUCCCAUGUGCUUCAGCUUUCCAGAAACAAACGCUACACGCUCACUCCAGAGAAACUGAAGUGGGACAAAUUCAAACUGACUUACAAACUGCUGUCAUUUCCCAGGAAUCUUCUGAAUGCCAGUGACACAAGGAGAGGCAUGGCCAAGGCCUUCUCUAUGUGGAGCGAUGUCUCGCCCUUCAGUUUUCGUGAGGUCCCAUCUGAUCAAGAAGCCGACAUCAAAAUCGGCUUCUACUCUUUAAACCACACCGACUGUCUGCAGUCCUACCUGCACCACUGUUUCGACGGCAUCACCGGAGAACUGGCCCACGCCUUCUUCCCUCAGACCGGAGAGAUCCACUUUGAUGACGACGAGUACUGGAUUCUGGGAAACAUGCGCUUCAGCUGGAAUAAAGGAGUGUGGCUGACAGAUCUAGUUCACGUGGCGGCUCAUGAGAUCGGUCAUGUACUGGGUUUGAUGCAUUCCCAGAAUCGCAAGGCUUUAAUGCACCUCAACGCCACACUGACAGGCCGCAAACUCAUCACUCAAGAUGAGGUUUGGGGCUUACAUCGACUCUAUGGAUGCUUGGAUCGAUUAUUUAUCUGUCCUGCUUGGGCAAGAAAGGGCUAUUGUGACAGCAAGAGGAUACUCAUGCAGAAACACUGUCCUUCCAGCUGUGACUUCUGUUAUGAAUUCCCAUUUCCCACUGCCCCGCCAACCCCAACUCCCCCACGAACAAAACACAAGUUUGUUGUGGAGGGAAAGAACCUCACCUUCCGCUGUGGUAAGAAGAUAGCAGCCAAGAAGGGCAAAAUCUAUUGGUAUAAAGAUGGUGAGCUUCUGGAAUUUUCUCAUCCCGGCUACAUUUCCCUGAAAGAUGACCACAUCACUAUUGUGGCAAAUGCCAUCAAUGAGGGCACAUACACCUGCAUUGUGAGGAAGAAGAACAAGGUGCUGACCACGUACUCUUGGAGGGUACGAGUGCGCUUCUGAGCACCUGACAUACUCCUAGAGCAUGAAUUAUAUCCAGACCGUUUGCUCAGACCAGAUCCAGACCAGCAUCCUCUCAUGCUUGUUUCCUGAUUGGAAGAGAAGGCUCUGACAUCACACGUCUCAGGAUAGCUACAGCAUGGAGGAAACGACGGGAUCAGGGUUAAAGUUCACCUCAGUACUGUGGAACAUCACUCACUUGGGCACACAUUCAUGUCAGUUCAUACACACACAUUGCCAAAUGGUUUAAUAUCAUGGUUUUUACUUGUGUGUGUUGUAAAUACAUUUCUUAUUUGCCAAAUAAAACAAUUUAUUCUGUCAUUUG